UGGAACUGUCAUACGAUAGUUCCAACCGUAAAAUCCCGAAAAUUGGUGAACGUCGGAAGACAGCGCAGACUGAACUUCUGCGGCUGUUGCUGCUGCAGCCAUUGUUAUUACUGUGCUUGUGUUAGCUGCUCCUGGUCUUUGAGCCUUUGUCUGGUGCGUUGUUGGCGCGGCGAGGGCCGGCGAUCCCUUUCCGGGGCUUUCUAACGGGCGACCCAGGGUUAAACCACGACGUGAGUUCGACAGGACGAUCCGGCAUCUCUCAUUGACGCUUUGUCGCAGGAGUCGCCUUCAGACAUGAGUACGCAUAAUCGAAAUACGCGUGGUUAAGCGACGCCUCCUGAACGAAGGCUAGCGUGAAGUCCUCUAAAAAGGCUUGAAAUCUAGAUAGCAUUCUUGUGUUGGCGGAUCAGUAUUGGUUAGUACGAUCGUCUCGUUUCGUCCGCUUUUCGCAUAGAAGCUGCGGUACAGUUGAAGUGGUGCGAUUUUGUGAAAACAUCUUUGAAGGGUUUAUGAUUUUUUAAGAGGGUUAACACAUUUUAUUAAGAAGUUUCGUCACUGCGUGGUGGUGAUUCAGCAUAUAUAUCUGUCUACAAAAUAUUACUUUAUUGGAUAUCUAUCCCCUACAAAAUACAGAGCAAAAUGCGGCGGCCUUGGAUUAGCCUGACGGCGUUAGUGCUAGUUGCCUCUUGCGUGAUAGUGAUUGUGAGUAGUGAAGAUGGCAGUGAUUAUAGCGACUCCACGACGCACUCCAAAGAACAGGAGACGACUACAAAUAAGGACUCAACGACGGUCGAUUCGAACGUACCCGGACCAAUGGAGAUAAUGAUGAACGAGAUGUUUGAUGAAUUCUACCGUCGAGCACUACCAUCGGUGACACAAUUCGGAUUUGAUCCAAACAUCUCAACAGAUUGUUCGGCUGCUCUCGUCAAGUUUGCGUUGGGUCUACGCAAAAUGGAACCGUGGGCAAUGCAGAUGUUUGAUGCGUCUGGCAAACUUGCUCCGGGAUUAAUUAGAGGUACCCUCGGAGACCUUGGUAACUUCCAUGAAUGCCUUGAGGUAGUGGCUCGGAAGCGGAUCGAUGACAGCCUUGAUUUUACGGGUCGUUUCUGUACCGUCUACGUUAACAUGGCAAAUAACACCCUCGUACCCAAAGUGCUUGAUAGGUUUCAAGCCGUGGGCAUGCUGAUUGGCAGACGCGACCCGCUCAAUUAUGUCGGAAACAGCAUGUUCAAGGGUAUGCGAAAUUCAAUAUGUAUCCCAUCGGUUUGUUCAAAGGAAGACAUAAGCUAUAUCGCUACUAUAAUGGCAAAAAAAAUAGAGGCCACUGUCACAAUUCGAGGAUGCACAGCCAAAGGCGAGAAAACAUCAAAUUCGACCCAACGUGCAGUUAUCAAGCUUAUUUCGAUUUUGUUCCUUAUAGUAGGGUCUGCGACAGUAUUCGACGUCGUUUGUCGUUUUACGCGUAAUCCCAAACAGGAUGACGCCGUCUCGAAAUUGGAAAAGAACUCAGACAUAUUCGCCAAACUGAUAGAAAUAUUACUUGGCAUGUCAAUUGUGACUAACACCGAAAAGCUUUUACACACCGAGCCACGAAACAUCAGUGAUCAGAAACUAAUGUUCAUCCAUGGAAUGAGGUUCUUCAGUUCAGCUUGGGUCAUUCUUGGGCAUACCUAUCUCAUCGCUGAUCCCACAGGAACAACCUCAUUAUCCAACGUCAUCAGCCUCGUUGAUAGUGUCUUCACCACAGUUAUCGCAAACGCGUUUCCAUCGGUCGAGACCUUUUUGUUUGUCAGUGCCUUCCUGAUGAGUUACAACGUGCAGAGAAGUUUGCAGAACUGCAAGAAUAUGUGGUUUAUUGUACCACUGAUUCUGCUACGUCGUUACAUUCGACUUACUGUUCCAGCGAUGCUGAUCGUUGGGAUCUGGCUUCUUGUCCCACUAUUGGGCGACGGCGCCAUCAUGAAUGAUUACAAAGCCCGGUUUCUUGAAUCCUGCGAGAAAAACUGGUGGCGAGUCCUAUUGCAUACAAACAACUUCGUGCCCUUUUUCGACAUGUGCCUUGGCCACUUGUGGUACAUCGACAUCGAUUAUCAACUUUACGGCCUACUAAUUAUCAUACCUAUCAUCAUGUUACGAAGCCCUAAACAUGGUGUGCUUAUUGCUGUCAUUUCGACAAUAAGCACAAUCCUUUACAUUGCCUAUACCACCGUUAGCUUGGGUCUUCAACCAACUGUCGUAUUCACAUCGACCAAUAUAGAUAGCACCGUUAACACAACGAAUCUUGUUCAAUUCCGGCCUUGGGCGCAUGUUGGUUCAUUCAAUGUUGGAAUCGUACUCGGUUACCUCAUUUAUAAACAGCCUAAGAUUCGCAUGCAAAAGCUGACGGUGAUUGUUUGCUGGAUGGUUGCGGCGUGCUUAAAUCUUACGGUUCUGCUCAAACCACACGAUUGGUUUUCGGUGGAUUACGUCGACUUCAGCAGUGCGGAGUGCAUCCUGUAUGCGGUCUUCCAUCGUCUGGCCUGGUCACUUGGGGUUGCCUGGGUAGCCUUUGCAUGCGCCACAGGUCGUGCGGGAGUUGCUAACGACAUUUUGUCCUGGCGGGCGCUGGUACCAUUAAGUAGACUUUCAUACGGCGCUUUCCUUUCGCACGUAGUCAUCCUGCUCACUCAGCUGAUGAUGCAGGAAGAGCGUAUCGCGUACAAUCAUCUCACUAAAAUGAUGAACUAUUUCGCUGUCACAAUGGCCUCGUUCCUAUGCGCUUACAUUCUGUACCUGUUCUGCGAAGCGCCAUUAGCCGUAAUCGAACGUAUGAUCCUUGGUGGGGAUCUGUUCAAGAAGCCUAGAUCUCGACUCCGCAGAGAACAACAUUUCGCCGGGCUGAACUCGCGGAGCAUGAAACAUCCGGACACGACAAUGGACGAUGAUCUUCGGGUGGAAUCGACGAACAGGACAAUAUCGUCGCUUGCACCACCCACAAGGAGUAUCGCCCGAAACGACGGUCCUACUGCGGUAACUACGAACGAAGCAGUUGCUGGUACGACCUUUCAGACGCGGAACCAUUCCUACCUAUAGCAAUAAUGGUGGUCCUAGCGCCAGACGAGUACCAAAAUAACACAAGGUUAAUGCUUGCGAGUGUGUUUACAUUUGAAUGCGUGUAUAGAAGAGGCAGUACGCACGUGCCAGCCGAAAAUCGAUCGGCCACCGCAGUACGGCUCAAUGCAAAUGCGUUUGUUUUGCCCAAAUUAGGACGAUUAGGACAAUGUCGACUCGUCCGCUAACCCGACCGCCUGCAACCUUUGUUUUGAAAUGAGUAGGACAGGAACGCAGUCAACGAAGGACUAAAGGCCAACGACCGAACGAUCAAACCAGAAUCAACGGCUGCCAUCGCUAUAGUGAAAGGGUUAUACAAGCGAAGAUGAACGUGGGAUAGAUGUGUAGGUGAGAGGGCGCCUCCGUCGUCGUCAAUUAGCGAGUGAUAUUUUGACGUCUGAUAACUUUAAAAAAAGCUUGAAGCAAGUGACAAGAUGAUAAGCUAAGUUGCCAAUGGAAGGGACGUAGCUGAAGUGCGAAAGACUGGAUUGGGAAAAAUGGCAAGCGACAAGCAGUACUGUUGGAAAGCGUUCGAAUCGACGCGUCAUAGCAGUCGUACAGCGGAUAAUCCGGUCAACAGCCAGCAGCUGGCCAUGCUCGGCCGUUCAAUCGCGUGCCAGCGGCCACGACAUCGACGAAAACGAGGUCUACGACAAAACGACAACCAUUAGCAGCAUCGCGUUCUCUGUGUUAACUUUACCGGCCGGCAAUUGCACCUGUUAUAAGAAAAUAUCGCCCUACACCUGCAGCUUGAACCGUUUGGAACGUCACCCUUGAUAUUAACUUUCGCUAAUAUCAACACAACAGGAGUAACUGUAAUAGUAGCGACAACCACAACGAUAACGGCGGCAUGGACGGCACUAACGGCAUCUUCAUGGUCUACCGCAACGAAUCAAAGUGCGCCUGUCGCCAGCAGAACAAAAAAACUUUGAAUCCAAGUGUCUCAAGUCACAUAAUGACAACACGUUCGAGCAACGUAAACAUAGUCAACAAACAGUCGGACCCACGGAGAUCGAUUCUCAACCGCCUCACCGUCGUCAUCAGUCGAUAGAUUGAGAUUUAACAGGCAUCAAACGAACCAAUAUUAUCAUAACAGCAGUAGCAUCGACCUGUAGGCAUGAAGGAGGUAAUGACGAAACCUUAGUCCGGCAAAAUAUAAGGCCUAGCCAUGUACGGUUACUGCCACGACCUGAACACGUCCGUUUUAUCAUAUUCCACGAUAGAUAACCUGCUUACACAGAAUACAGACAGAGAAACUCUAUAUAUAUAUAUAUAUAUGGGGCAUGCACACAAGCAUGUCCGCAAAUUAGUGCACUAUGGUAUGACUGUAAUGGUUUCAGUGAUUGUAUAAUAAUAGCAAUAAAAUAAACAAUGAUCUUAGUAGUGAUGACGAUGUAUGCAGUAUAGCCGGUGCCAGAUAUAGGCGUAUCUAUAUGUCAUCACUGUUUUGUUGGAGGCGAAACGGUCCCGCGAACGAAAUGAAAAAGAAGUAAAUAAAGAGAUGAUUGAGAGAAUGGAAAAAGUGUGCCUGAAUUAAAGCGACGAGCGUUUCUAGUGACCGCUGUCGAAAAUUGCUCAGCGUAUGUUCUAUGUAGUCGAUAAUAGGAAAGCAACAAGCGAAGACGUCUUCGUCGUCGAAAUAGAUUAAAAAAAAAAAUAAAGAUAAUAAUAAAAUAAAUAAAUGAA